AUGGAUGCUCCCACCCCUCAUCUAGGCGCUUCGUUUCCACCUGUCACCGCUGGGCUCGCCCCCUCCCUAUGCGUGCUCAAGCAGAAUUCGCUGUCCGAGGAGAAAUUCACCCGAGGAGGUAAGCCGCACAAGGUGCACGUGGUGGUGAAGAACAGCCCCUUCGUGGUCUCCCUGGCCACCGCCGCCAGCAACAAGCCCUUCGGUCCGCUGGACAUGAUGUCGUUGGCCAAGUACUUCACCAACGGCGAGCUUGAUCUGGGCAAGCUCACGUUUGACUGCAAGCUCCUCUACGACACCGAAAACGGAUCCGAGAAGGAGGUGGACUUCGUGGAGAACAAGCCCUUCCAGUUCAAGGUGAACGUGGUGAACGGGGGCCGGCAGGUGGACAUCGAGGUGCGGCUCAAGGUGCUGAGCUCACAGCACGAGGACAUGUUCUUCGUGGUCAAGUUCAUGGCCCUCGACCCGCUCACCAAGCGCGAGGUGUCCCCCUACCUCGUCGUCCACUCCCUCCCCAUCAAAGUCAUCUCCAAACCGGAGCAGCUCAAGAAGCGGCGGCCGAGCAAGAAGCGCACCCUCAACGACAUGCUCAUCGAGGCCCUCACGCGCAUCGAGCAGAACCAGCAAUCCCAGCAGCAACUGCUGGACCAGCUGGCCGAGGGUACGGGCAUCACCGUCGAGAUCGAGGACGACGAAGACGAAGACAGCGGGGACGGCGAAGGAUCGGAUGGAGACGAAGGGGAGGGCUUCUUUUCGCAGGGCGGCGGCGGCGAGCAGCUCAGCGCGCACCAGCAACAGCAGCAGCUCCACCAGCAGCUGCAGCAACAGCACCACCAGCAGCUCCUCAUGCAGCAGCAGCAGCAGCAGCAGCAGCAGCAGCAACAGUUUAUGGGCCACCAGCAGCUGCCGCCCCACAUGCAGCAGCAGCAGCAGCAGCCGGCCCAGCACGCCGCCUCAGCCCCGGCCUCCGCUGUCGCUGACCCGGCGAUGGAGUUCGAGGAGGCGCUCGACACGCUGCUGCAGAAGUACUCAGCCGUGCCCGACAGCGAACGCGAGGCCAAAAUCCAGAAGGUCCUCCUCCAGUCCCCGCUCUCUCGAGAAAACCUGGUGGAGCUCUACGACCUGUUCGUGUCGGAGGGCCUGCAGCCGCCCCCAGGCGCCGACAUGGAAGGGGAGGGCAGCGGCGUGCCGGUGAGUGGGGAGUGCGCGUGUCCGUCGUGUCCCCACCGAGCGGAGCUCGAGCGGAUCGAGGUGUUCUACCGCGACGUCUUCCAUCUUUGA